AUGCCAACACCAUCAACUGGCGGCAAAGGAGCCAAUCUUGAACGACUACAACAACAGCCUGGUCUCCACACUCCAACACUUCCGUCUGGUCUCCGACUUUCUGCAUUGCACUUUUGGAAUAUACACGCAUUAGAAAAAAAUUACUACGUCCGGAUUCCUCAGGUUUGCAUAGGUAUACCCUGUCCGCCUCGCCAUAAUCGUACAUACGGCCACCAGGUCCAGUUUCAGCUUUUUUGCCAAACGCCCGAAUUUCGACGCCAAUCAGGAGUCUGGCAUUCUGGACUUGCGGAACAUCCUUUGAGGCUUAGCCGCGUACGCGCUUCAGAAGCAACACUUUCUGCUGUUAACAGCUUAGUUGAACCCAAUAUCAUGGCCAUGGAUAAUACGACACUGCACACUUUCCUCUUUAUAGCCUUGCUUGGUUCCUGGGACAAUUUCUCACGGCCGUAUCCACUCAAGCUUGACGCGCGUCGAGGGUGUAAUAUCUGGAAAGGCUGCUUUACUUUUUCCGACAUCAUCUGCGACGGGGAUCUCGAAGAACAGUCUACACGAAGGGACGGAUUGCUCAAAAUGGGUGGAACUUACUGGUACUAUUACAAGGUCGAUGAAAAUGAGGAAUGCCACAACCCCUCGGAACCAUCAACUACAGUGUGCCCACUUCUUCCUGGACAACGACUUAAUGUACUGGAGGUACCAAGAGAACGACACAGCCGCAGCAACUCUGAGAGUUCAGCUACAUUCACACGUAAUCCGGAUGACAGAUAUCUGACACCCGUGCCUCCUGCAGCCCUCAGGCCACCUCCCUCGCUACGAUCUGGAUCAGAUAGCUCGAGUUCCUACUCCAUGUCACCACCAUCGCCUUGGGCCCCGAGAUCUGCCACCUAUGUACCGGCCGAGCGAUACCUGUCGCCAAAUGUGAUACGACAUGCUCGAAGCGCGUCUGCUUCGCCACGCAUGCCGUCGACACCAAUGUUCCCCGAUUUCAAAGUACUGAAAGAGAAGCUAGCGUCGAAACGCUCUGCUGCCAGGACCCGGAGCUCUUCCAAAUCAAAAGAACUCGAGAUUGGGUCUCCGGUACUGGUAAGCUCGACAGUCAGUGAGGACAGUUUGAUCCCCUUGUCGGUUUACCGACCCAGUCGCUCACACGAUGCCGCGGCUACUCCAGCGACCAAAAUGACCCGAUCGAUACCAAGUAUACGGAAACAGUUUUCGCCACUUGCGUCGAAUCCUGUGGAUCCAACUUUGGACGGCAACUCGGAUAUUUCAGAGCUAGCAGGACACGAACAAGUACCAUCACGCCGUCGAUCACACGUACCCUCUACCAUCAUCGCCAGCGAGUUCCAGAUCAACCAAGGUCGCAUCCGUGCAAACUCGGCAGACACCAGGCGAACGCAACACUAUCUAUUUUCCAAUGACCCGUGGCUGUCGUCGCCCAAGCGAGAAGAGGAGUUUGUAGACAUGGAUCAGAUCGUCGAGGAUGACACCCCGGCGGCACCUACACUACAACGCCACAUCAGCCAUCUGCAUCUCCCCGGCGUAUGCCAACGUCCGACUUCCAGCCAUGGACACAACCGCAACGCCUCUCUACGAGACUCGCCACUGGACAAAGACCUUCCCGCCCUCCCACGCUACAUCACUCCAGCACCUCUAUUCGCAUGCAACUUCACCUCCACCCUACCCGACCCCUCCCCCAUCGAGUUCCCAGCCUCCCCUGCGCUGAGCACCCUGGACCAACAUUCCGAAUUCGAACCCUCGUUCCACCCCAAACCACGCAGCCACUUCUCAACCUGGAGUCGCGACUCCCUCGUCUCCAGCUCUCCUACCUCAGACGACAACGAUGAUGAUGAUGACGAUGCAAUGGUCUCACCAUCCUUGGGCUCCUUCACAAGCAGCUACGCCGCCUCACCCCUCGGCCUCACAUCAAAUUCCUUCUACCCAACUAGCUCACCACCACUCCCCGCCCAGCCCACCACCCUCCCCUCUCCCCACACAAACAAUACAUCCAAGUCCCCCCGGCAAAACCCAACCUCUCUCACACACACUCCCUACCUCUCCCCCACACCCCCGCAACUCGACGACCUCCGCAUCUCCACCUUUAACUCUGAUUUCUUCGCCUUGGACACCUUGCUCACUUCCCACAAUACCUCCACCUCCACCUCCACCCCCACCUCCACCAAUGAUACUCCCAUCCAUCCCUCCACCACCACCACACCAGCCGCCCACCGCCAAGCCACCUGUUUCGGCCUAGGCUUUCACUACACGCUCCCCGCCGCCACAGACGCAACGGCGAGUAAAGCCACGCUGAGACACAGUCCGAGGGCUAGCAGGGUUAGUGUGGGAUUGGGGGACGAGUUUGCGUUUUUGGGGGGUGCGGUCGUUGUGUGA